AUGAACAGUUCCCUAAUUCAGUAUAUCUAUUAUGAUGUGUGGCAUCAAUAUCACUGUCCACUCAUUAAGGAUUAUCCACUGAUGUCCACUCCGUGGUCACUAUUACUUAUAACGGGCAUUUAUCUGACUUUUGUGAAACGCAUUGGUCCUAAGUAUAUGUCGACCCGUAAGCCGUAUGAUCUCCGGUGGCCAAUACGCGUGUUUAACGCAUUCAUGGUUGGCGUCAAUUUCUGGGGUCUCUAUAACUUUAUCCCGCGGACUAACUUUGGACUCAAUGUAUGGAAAUGUCCGCAACUUUGCGAUGAAGUGGACCCCUAUUUCAUUUGGUUGGGAUACAUAUUCUUCUUGUCCAGAAUGGCUGAAUAUAUGGACACAAUAUUCUUUGUGCUCAGAAAAAAGAAUAAUCAGGUGUCCAAUCUUCACGUGUUUCACCACUCAAUAGUGCCAAUCGCCAUAUGGAGUGUAUUUAAAUUUGUUCCCAGCGUUGAGAACGCAAUGUAUCCCUUCAUCAACAGUAUAGUACAUGUAAUUAUGUAUCUCUACUACACAUUGGCCUCAUUUGGAGACAGGUUUGAGCCGUACCUCAAGUGGAAAAAGUAUUUAACUGGUCUUCAAUUAAUACAAUUUAUUAUAAUUAUAAUGCACUCAAUCAGAGCCCCUUUCAUCGGAUGUAAUGUUAGUUCAGCUUAUUUUCUAUUGAUAUCAACGGCUUUGGGCGGAAUAUUCUUCUAUUUAUUCUAUAAAUAUUAA